GCGCUGCUGUGCUCCGUAUGGAUGAGGCAGUUUCUCACCGUCACUCUUCACAGUCGCGCGCUCAGAGCCGGCAAGCUCGAGCUCCAUCUGCACGCGGAGCCUGGAACCUACAGCGCGCGCCCACGUUGCGCAAGCGGAGCGCCCUGAGCAGAGCGAGCGCGCGGAGACCUGAGAGAGCGGGUGGAGUGAGGAGUCUAGAACCCCGGACUGGGUUCUCCACUGAUGGGGUGAACUGAACCCGCGCGCUCCCGAGACAGCUGCUGGAAUACAGAGGCGAGCGCGCGCAGAGCGCAGUGAGGAUGGCAGCGCGCGAGGGAUUACACUGAGACUGUGGGGAACAGCGCUGCCCGACAGGUCUGACAGAAUGGCGUAGUCUCCUGCUUCACGAAGAAAAGAGCUGAUCUGAACUGACGCAUGGUCAAAAUGGAGUCCUGGACUUUACUCCCACCUCCCCUGCCGGAGCACCUCCUCUAUGACAGCUUCUUCCCUGUAAACGAGUCUGACUUUGAACCGGAGGACUACUCCCACAACGACACCCACCCGGCUUUCGACCGGACCAGCUCGGUGGUCAUCACCUUUAUGUACUUUGUGGUGUGUGCCGUUGGCCUCUGCGGCAACGCUCUGGUCAUGUACGUGAUCCUUCGCUACGCCAAGAUGAAGACCGUCACGAACAUCUACAUCCUCAACCUGGCUGUGGCCGACAUCCUCUGCAUGCUCAGCCUGCCCUUCAUCGCCAUUCAGUUGGCGCUACUGCACUGGCCUUUUGGUGCGGCCAUCUGCCGCAUCGUCCUGACCAUGGACUCACUGAACCAGUUCACCAGCAUCUUUUUCCUGACCGUGAUGAGCAUCGACCGGUACCUUGCCGUGGUGCAUCCAAUCAAGUCCACCAAAUGGCGGAAGCCGCGGGUGGCCAAAACAAUCAGUCUGGCCAUGUGGGUAGUGUCUCUGCUGGUGAACCUUCCCAUCAUGAUUUUCAGUGGCCUGAACACCAACAAAAAUGAGGCACAGACGUGCACCAUGCUGUGGCCCAAGCCUCAGAACACCUACUACACUGCCUUCAUCUUCUACACCUUCUUCUUGGGCUUCUUCCUGCCGCUGAUUGUCAUCUGCUUGUGCUACCUGCUCAUCGUCAUCAAGGUGAAGACCUCGGGCAUGAGGGUGUGCUCCAGCAAACGCAAGCGCUCCGAGCGCAAGGUGACUCGCAUGGUGUCCAUCGUGGUGGUGGUGUUCGUGCUCUGCUGGCUGCCUUUCUACAUGUUCAACGUGGCGGCGGUGACCGGCACGCUUUACCCCACGCCGGUGCUGAAGAGCACCUUCGACUUUGUGGUGGUGCUGGGCUACGCCAACAGCUGCGCCAACCCCAUUCUCUAUGCCUUCUUGUCUGAUAACUUCAAGAAGAGUUUCCAGAAUGUUCUUUGCCUCAAGAGGGUGGGCGGCCUGGACGAGAUCGAGCGGAGCGACAGCCGCCAGGACAGAACGCGGAUGGUUAACGAUGUCAUGACUGAGACUCAUAAUGCUGCCCUGCUGAAUGGGGAUUUGCAGACCAGCAUCUAAGCAUGGUUCAAAGCGCUGAUCUUCAAAUUGCUAAUGGUUACGUUUUAGACGUUUCCAAGCAUGUAGCAAGAGGCGGAAGGUCACAGAAUUGAUGGACGCAGUGAAAACCAUUGAAAAUGAACUUUGCAGAACUUCAUAGAGCUUCUCCGGCUUGAGGAACAACAACAUCUCUGAAGUAAUUUAAUGGAGAGAGAUAGAGACAAAGAGAGAUAGAGAAAGAGGGAGAAAUUGCUUCAUUGCUUCAUUUCGUGCCCAAAGUCCAUUCUCUUCUUUAUUGACAAAGCAGGGGGAUGGUACUCACUCAGACUGGGACUACUAUCUUUUUCUGUGGACGGAUUUCAACAGUCAGCAACUGUUAAGCUGUUAAGGACAGUCAAUAACAAACCUCAGACAAGCUUUUAAGCCAGACUGCGAGAGACUUUCUUCUGCUUUUCCUCUAGAGAUAUCGAUAUUUAAGCAGGACCAAUGUGAUCAACAUCACUGAGAAUGUGACUUGACUGUAGAUAACCACGUUUGUUUGCUUUACGUAUUUGUGUGCAGUUGCCAAAACUCUUGCAUUUUAUCCGUGUUCACUGCUGACAAAACAAGGUCACUGUCCUCACAAGGUAAACACAAGGUCAUUUGCUCUCUCUUUGAGACAGAUCACCACAACGUUGUCUGAGAACAGGCCUUCAUGACGUUAAUGAGCCAGUGUUUCGUCAUUACGAAUUAGAGCGAGAACGGUAGGGUCUCAUCAGGAGUAGUAUAAUCCAAUGUAAUCCAACAAGCUACAGCAGACCCAACAACGCGUUCAUAAGAUGUGCAUAAGAUGAAUAAAAACAAGAUUUACACAUCAAAGGACAUUAUAUAAAACUAGACACAUGGUGAUAUAAUAAAAUUAACAUCACAAUAUCGACCAAAGCUUUUAUCAAGGCCAAUCACAAAUGUUGUAUUAGAAAAAUAAACACUACAAAUACAAAAUACUAUAUAUACAUACAUCAA